AUUAAAGAUGGAGAUGUCAUCUAUGCUGUAUUUACACCAAAGCAGAACCUGAUAACAGCCCCUCCAAAUUUAGUGCGAAAGGUACCUGAAACCUAUGGAACGGAUACAGUUCGGUGCCAUGUCAUGCUCAAGGAUGAAUCCCCGACCAACUAGAAACAUACCAGAGGGUACUGCAUGGUGCUGCAGAAUGCUGUGGUAGCUGUUUUGGUUCAGGGUUCCUCUCACUCUGUACAAGUCACCAACCCUGGAUCCAGCAAAACAGCCUCAGACCAUCACACUUCCUCCUCCAUGUUUGACAGUUGAUGUCACACACUGAGGAACCAUCCUUUCUCCUACUCGACAUUGUACAAAAAUCCUGUGUGAUGAACCAAAUAUUUCAAAUUUUGAUCCAUCAGUCCAUAAUACCUUCUUCCAGUCUUCAGUAGUCUAUUUGUAGUGUUUCAUGGUCCAGUCAAGCCUCUUUUUCUUUUUCUGAUGUCUUAGCAGUGGCUUUCUUGUUGCAACUCCACCUGUCAAACCUGCAACUCCAAGUCUUCUCUUCACAGCUUAAACUGAGACUUCUUACUACGACCACUAAUAAGUUGUGCUUGAAGCUGUUGUCCUGUGAGCUGCCUAUCACCAAGCUGUUCACUCUCAGAAACAUGUCUUCUGAUUCUGUUGUGUCUUUCGAUCUUCCAGACCUCUUCCUGUCAGAGUUUCCCCCAGUGACUGAGUGCCUUUUGAUGGUGAAGAGAACUGGACUCACUGACACCUUCACUUUCUUCACAAUGUCUCUGUAGGAAAGACCUACAUUUUUAAGUGUUCAAGAAAAGUUGGGACAUCUGUAGGAUUUGGAAGCACCAACUUUCAAGGCUUGAUCAAACUCCAUUGCUGUGGAACAGCUUUAAGUUGUUAAUCCAUUUCUUGUUCCCUGAAAAAGGCGUUUUGUAUAAUUCUGAAAUGUACAUUAUUUUUCAGUUUUAGGUAACCUUACCUUUUUUUCAACCUUUGGCAGUUCACCGCUUACCUUUGUACUAUUUUAAGCUAUUCAUUGAACUUGAACUACUUGAAUUUCAAUAAAAACUGGAAAAAUUGGGACGUUCAAAAACUGUUGACUGGUAGUGUAGAUUAGUACAGUAGUUCAAUAGGGCUAUUUGUUGCAUAUACAUUGCAUACACUGCAGCUUCAGGGUCAGAAUAUUCAGCUGUGGUGUUGACUGCUUAUUUCACUCAUGAUUUAUCAUCCAGCACAUAAAAAAUACGCUAUGGACAUGUUAACAAGGUAAAUAAAUUGUUCACCAGACUUUCACUAGAGGGGAUCUUUCAGGGUUUAUGCACUUUCUUUCAACACAAGUAUAUAUCAGCUCAUGUGACACAUCUAUGAUUCCUCCCUCAUCACAUGCAGGGGAUGAUGAGUAGGAUGUGAUCUUUAUCCUUAUGUUUUUGUUCAAUAUGGAAAAUUUCUCACAGGGAGAUUUUGAAGUGAAGGUGAACUUGGAAAGUGACACAAUAACUACUCUGAAGAACAAGCUUGCAAAUGAAAGUGGAAUCCCUGCACAUGUCCUUCAUUACAAAGGUGACACUGGCAGUUGUAUCACACUGGAAAGUUGUGGAAUCACAGAGGGAUCAACAUUGUACUUCUCAUUGUCCACCUUCUCUGAGGAGGAUCAGGCUGCCACUGAGUUCUUCAUAGAUGAUGUUGUGCCCUCAGUCCAACAAACAUCCAAAGGAAUCAGUUUCUUGUUGUCAUCUCUCUACAUCAUUAAAUGCAAGCUUUCAGUGGAUUUACAGAAGAAGUUGAUUGGCUACAUACGAAAACUGACUGGAUGUAACCCUCUGGCCCAAAGUUUGUAUCAGUUACUCUGUAAGAAUGAAACCAUAUCCAGGACCCAGAAGAUCGCAGUGGUUGAAGGCUUGUACGCUCUCUUUCGAGAGCUUUUGCCACGUCUUGGAACAAAUCAAAGGGAAAAGAUCAUUGAGGACCUUGAUGUCUUUGAGUAUUCAACCUACUGCUGGGCAUAUCUCAUGUCAGAGGCAAAGAAAGAGACAUCAGAACAUGAGAAUUAUGCACCAUAUGGUCUGAUGGCAGAAGACGGCAGUCGUUUCUGUGAACCAGUCACUGUACCUGGAAUACCAGGUGCCAUGGAAAGAUCAGCUGUACUGCAGAAAAUUAAAGAUGGAGAGAAGAUUCCAAACUGCAGCGAAGAGGUUUUGCAAGAAACAUCACUCAAGAGAGCUGCUAACAUUGAGAAAAUUUUGCUCAGUGUUCAUCCUUCACUCACAACCUAUCAUGUGUGGAUUUCUCAUGACAGCGUGGCUGGUCAGAACUUUCAGAUAAAUACUGGCAGGACUUUUGGAAGCAUGGCAGAGGACUUGAAAGUGUUCCCUGACCUCAAUGUAACUCCACCACUGCAGCUGAAAGAUCUAGGACUUCAAGACCCACGUCUUGUUUACAUAAGUGAAGGCAAUCUUGGUGUUUAUCUGAAUAAAAAUAAGGCAACACCUGCAACAAUUAAUGUGCAUGAUUGUCUGUCUGGCAAAGGCAAACAGCUGAAUGUGGACAUAUUGGCGGCAUCAACUGGUGACCAAAGGAAUGACCACUCAUUUGUCACAACCAGGACUCCAAAGGAGGCUAUACUGGUGCUGACAGAUACAAGUUCAUCAAUGUCUAAGAAAUGCUAUGGAAGUGUGGACAUACAGCGAAUCCAUGCUGUAAAAGAGCUUUUUGAUAACUUUGCAUCACGGAGCAUGGCUUAUGAUUUCCACCAUGUCAUUGGCCUUGUAAAGUUUGACUCUACAGUGACAAUGCUGCACACAUUUACAGAAACACUCGAAAAGUUUAAGGAUCAUGUGCGCACUCUUGAGGCCUCUGGACGUACAAAACUGUAUGAUGCACUCCAACAUGGAAAACUAGAGCUGGACAAAGUAAAACUGAAGUUUCCAGACUGCAGACUUCGCAUUCUGUGUCUCACAGAUGGGUGUGAUGUUGGAUCCACAAACAAGCCAGCUCCAGUCGCCGUCGACCUGAUAAAAUCUAACAUCAUAGUGGACUCAGUUCUACUUGGAGAAGUGGAAAAUAACAUUCUACAUGGAAUCAGCAUUGCGACAGGGGGCUGCUGUUUCAAACCAGAGACAAGCAAAGAUGGUCUCAAGCUUUUUGAGAUUGAGACUGUCCUUUCUUUGGAGAUGAGGAAACCCAAAUGCAAAGCUGAUCCUUCCUCCAUCACUGAAGAUCUCUUGAAAGGGUUCUUUGCUACUCAUGGGUAUGAUAAAUCUCCAGAAGCCAUCUUACCGAGCCAGAUGAACAGUCAAGUUGCAGUGACACAGAGUGUUCUGAAAAAGAAAAUCCAGGAGGCCAAAGAUGGGCGAUUCAUGGAGAAAGACAGACGUAUCCUGGAGGAGCUGAAGAGUCUACAUUGUGACCCUCAUCCCUACAUCACUAUCCUUCCAUCUGAAUCUGACUUCACAUUCUGGAAGAUUCUCAUGGAGGGCCCUCCUGACACUCCUUAUGAGAAAGGAGUCUUUGAGCUUUUCUGCCAGUUUGGCAGCGACUACCCCGUGAAGCCUCCGACUGUUCGCUUUGUCACAAGUAUAUACCAUUGCAACAUUAACAGCGUGGGCCGCAUCUGCCACAACAUAUUUGACCGGAACUACAAUGCCCAAAUCACCAUGAGAGAUAUCCUUGAAGCUGUGUUUGGACUGCUGAUCGCUCCUGAGCCUGAAGAUCCACUGGACAGCAUUCUGGCCGAGGAAUUCCUGACCACUCAUGAGAAAUAUGAACAAGAGGCCAAAAAGCAAACUGAAGAAAAUGCUGGAGAAUCAAUGGAUGCUAAGGAGAAGAAACUGGUGAUGCCUGUGCCCCAGUAUACACCCCCACAUCUCAUCUGUCCUCUCACCAAGAAGAUAUUUGUUGUACCUGUAAUAACAAAACACGGGGCAGUAUAUGAACAGAAGGCUAUCCACAAACACCUGAAAAUGUCCAAAUUUGAUCCAUGUCAUCCAAAGAUCCUGCUCAGAAGAACCGAUCUGAAGCCAGCCCGUGACAUGAAGAAAAUGGUGAAGGAAUUCCGAUCUCGUCAAAUUCUGGAAACGGAUGUAUAACAAAUCAUUGGAGCUCGGUGUUUUGUCACUUACAUCAGUUUGACAUGGUGUAAACACAUCACUGACAAUUCAGAAACAUUGCACUUAAUGCACAUUAUCAUUUUUCUAUCACAUUAUAUAAUCACAGUUUCAUGUUGGUGUAUUAAAAAUGUUAAAUGUAUUUCUUUACGUAUAUUACUAAUAGAUCAAUAUUAUACUUUGGGUUAAAAUAGAAGAAAGAUCUAGGAAUUGUUAGAAAUCUCUAUCUCGUCACAUUCUUCUAUUUCAUCAUAAAGAUGCACCAGUUUCAUAAACUUACUACUUUCCUAUUUUUUUGAUUCCAAUGAACCAGAUUAACAUUUUACCUUCAUAAUAAUGGUUGCUUUGUUGUGAAUUGCCACUGAUGGUGAUUUUAGUGUAGCAGACUGUAAUGUAUGGAUGUGGGGUUAAAAUUUGGAAGCUUCUCUGCAUUUUUAAAUAAGGAGACACAUUUGCAAAUCACUUUCGGUGUUGGGAUUGAAAAAAAAAGCAGGCAGAGCAUCAGUUUAAUACUUUUCCUAUUAUUUUUAUAAAUCAAAAAGGCUAGGUUUGGUCGCUGGCUGAAUGGGGCAAGAUUCAUAUUGAACAGCAGAUAACUGUUACUAUGUUAACCUAAUCACAGGAACUUUCUCUCUCUAAUAAUGAGUGGACGUUUUGUUGCUUUCUUUUUGUUUCCUACAUAUGGACCUUUUUGUUAGUCACACAUUUUGUUUGUCAAAUUGAAGUGUUUCAUUCAUGCAGUGUAUUCAGUGUUGGUUAUUACUGUACAUAUCCAUCAGAGAGGUGCCUAUUUGUGAAGAAACAUUUUAUAAAGAUUGACAUUGCAGCCCUCUAGUUCAGUGCAUUUACCAGAUAGGAGUGACAUCAGCAAUUAAUGUUUCACUUCUGCAAUGGUUGUUCCAUUUUUCAGGGAAUUCUUUAUUGAAUUUGGAAAUGUUUAACAAAUGACAGAAGUUCAAUGGUGGUAUUUUAUAAAGAGAUGUCUAGUUCUUCAAACUCUUGAGGUGAAAUGAUGAUAUGUCUCAUUACUGGUUUUGCCUGCAUUAAUAGACAAACAGAUUAUAAAGAUGGUAUGGAAGUUUAAAGUUCCAUACUUGUUAUCCAACAUUUAUUUGUUUUGUUAGUUAAACAAUAAUUUACUCUUUCUUUCAUGUGUUUCAGAGUUGUACAAGAGCAGGAUGAUAAACUAUAAUUGAAAUGUAGUCCAUGAAAAUACAGAUGGAAGAAUUCUACUGCCUACCAACAAUCAAUAUGUGCACCAAUUAUAAAAUUGGUGUAUAAAAUGACAGUCCUGAGUUUCCAAUGACUCCUAUAACUGAAUGUUCUAUGAUGUAAUCACUGAAAUGUAUCACAAAAAUAAAACUAACAAUCGUG